AUGUUCUGGCUGCUGAUAGUCCUGGCAUCAGCCGGAUGUCUGUAUUUGUUGCUGCUGUCCGAUGAACGAGAUGCCCUGAACUUCACCCCUGACACCCUCUACUUACCCUGGGCCACCACCUUCCCGGCUGUCACAGUUUGCGAGAUAUAUAACGCGAGAGAAGCCCCGAAGAAGCUUGGCGAAAAAUACCCAAAUUAUGUGAAACAUCUAAGCUUCGACUACAAGAAAUAUAUCGCGGCGAUAAUAUUUGGUCAUGGCACGUGUAGCAGGUCGUUUUGUGUGCCCUGCGGAGACAAGGUGCCCUGUGACUUGCCAUUUAGAACCAUCGCCGAAGAUUAUCACAUAUUUCAGAUACGUCUGAAAUGUACAGAGUUACUAUCGGACUGUUUCUUCAACGGGGUAGAGUUUCCAUGCUGCGAUAGAUUUCACAUUGUCGAUUCGGAGUACGGCCCGUGUUUCGCACUGAACACACUGCAAAGCGAGAAUUCACAAUUGGACUCACUUUUAAAAGUUAAUUUAACUACUGGUCCAGGAAAACUCGAUUUUCGUAUUUCUUCUGACGCUGAAAUCGCUGUGCAUAGUCCAGAAGAGUUAGCUACAUUGGGUUUAGAUCCCAAGUUCAAGGUUGAAGUGAGGCUGCACAUGGAGAACCGAGUAGAGUAUCUCUUCUCAGUGGUGGAGAUUGAGAACGACAAAGUUCUAACCCGGGAAGAUCUGAGCAUCCGGGGAUGCCGGUAUCUGAAAGAGAAACCAAGGGAUGAUUUCUAUAAGUAUCCAGUAUAUGGUUAUGGUGCCUGUAAACUUGCUCAACAAACUAAAAAUAUAUUUGGUCACUGCAAAUGUGUCCAUCCUAUCAGGCAUAAAGCCUAUGAAAAGAAGUACUGUAAUUACACAGGCAUACAUUGUGUGGUUCAUUAUGAAUUUGAAAAAGCGCAAUCGGGUGUGGACAAGAAUGCUUUGAUUGCGGAUCAGUGCCUGCCUUCUUGCGAAGAGAGUGAACUGAAGACUGUUCACGUUUCAAAGAGGUGGCUACCGGAGGAAUAUGGCAAGGGGACAAUUACAAUCCGCAUGACAUCGCUCCCUUCCCUGAGGUUUCAGAGAAACCUCAUCACUUCCAAUCUAGACAUUGUUGUGAACGUGGGAGGAAUGUUUAGUUUAUUCUUCGGAGCAUCUAUUUUCAGUCUAGUGGAGAUAUUUUAUCUAGUUUUUAGAAAGCAGUAAAUUAACAGGAUUUAGGGAACGUAAAAAUAUGAAUAGUAUUGAACAAUAUCAUGUAUUUAAAUUAUGACUUAUAUGAUUCGUUUUUGA